AUGCCUGCAGCGGCGGUGACAGGGAGCCACUCGGGCAUCGGCCAUGCCUUCGCAGAGAUCCUUGUCAGAGAGGGUUACCAAGUCCACGCCCGGGACAUGACUGUAGGAGAAAGCAUGAAGAGCCGAGGAUGUCAAACCCACGAAUGCGAUGCGAGCAGCGAAGCCUCAAUCCAAACGUUCGCCACGGGGUUCAAGGGAAGGCAAGCGGAUCUCAUUUUGAAAAUUGCCGGUGUGUUGCACCUCGGUAUCUCCAAAAGAAUCCCAGUCCCAGGUUUCAUCGCUGAUGCCGUUCGUCUUCCAGGCAUCAUGGCUCCUCACGAGCAAGAUACUCUGGAACCCACCACGCACAGCGUUCUUCUCCGCACCUUCUCUACCAACACGUUCGCCCCCCUCCUCCUUACCCAAGCACUACUCCCCUCCCUCCUUCUCUCUCCGCAUCCCCGUACCGGUCUCGUGUCCUCCCGCGUCGGCAGCAUUGCCGAUGACAGCUCCGGCGGCUCAUACGCCUACCGUGCCUCCAAAGCGGCCCUCAACAGUGUCGGGAAGAGCAUGGCGAUCGACUUGGAGGAGGAGGGCGUGGUGGUCGUGCUGAUGCACCCGGGAUACGUCAAGAUCGGGUUGGACACCAGCGGGAAGACGCAUCAGAUGAAGGAAGCAGUGGAGCCAGAAGAGGCGGCGGAGAAGCUGUGGAAGGUCUGCAUGGGAAAUGGCAUUGGGGAGACUGGGAGGUUCUGGCAUCGAGAGGGAAUGGGAUUGGAUUGGUAG